AUGUCCUCGACCGCCGACUCCGGUAAAGUCUAUCACCGCUCAUGCACCGGACCAGCUCUCCAAACCGUCCAACAACACAUCCAUGACCAAGAUAUCACCCUCUUCGCAAGCUGUUUCUGCCCAUUUGUACAACGCGUAUGGGCUGCGCUCGAGUACCUUCAGAUUCCUUACAAGGUGAGCUCAUCGAACGAAGUCGAUCCCUAUCAAAAACCCCAAGAACUGCUCAAUGUCUCGCCAAAAGGUCUAGUUCCAGCGCUCAUGCUCAAUGCCUUUGAUCCUCCUCGUGCGCUCAAUGAGAGCACCGUCAUCCUCGACUUCCUCGAAGAUAUCGCUACAAAAUCUACGCAUCGCAGCCUUCUUCCGCCCUCUUCAGAUCCAUAUGCGAAAGCACUCGUCCGACUCCAAUCAGACCACAUCAACCGAACGCUUGUGCCUGCGUUCUACAGGUACCUCCAAGCUCAAGACCCAGACGCACAAAUUGCAGGAGGAAAGGAGUUUCACGCAGCUAUUCAGUCCUUAGUGGAGCUUUUCGAACGCGCGGAGAGGGAGGUAGGGGGGACGGGGCUUUGGGUUGAAGGUGGCGAUUUGGGUUGGGCGGAUGUUGUUGUCGGACCGUGGAUCUUCAGAGCGACUAAUGUGCUGAAACAUUACCGCGGGUUUGAAACGCCGCGAGGGGGAAAGUUCGAAGCGUGGUUGGGGAGGCUUUUUGAGGAUCCUGCGUUUAAGAGGACUUGUAGUAGUGAGGAGCUGUAUUUGGACAGUUAUGAGCGUUAUGCUUUCAAUCGCCCGAAUACGAGUCAGGUGGCCAAUGCGAUUAAUAGUGGUAGGGGAUUACCUUGAGCAAAUGGGAAGGACACGCUGAAAUCUAAUAGCUGUACAAAAAGCCGAGUCUGUGAUGGUACAGGUGGUAGUAAUAGUAGCAGAAAUAUGACCUAUUCAAAGCCAACCAUGGUUAUGAUCUGGUGCUCAUCAUUCUCCUCAUCCUCGGUUCCAAAUACGCAUCGUGUAAGUCUUCUUCCACACAUUACUCCUCUGAGUCGUCGCUAUACUCCUCAUCACUAUACUCCAUAUCCUCCCCACCCUCGAUCUCAAUGCCGCUGUACUCUACAUGCAAUCAGCACGAAGGUGAGCUAUGCUAGAGAUUCAGGUGGAAACACACCAUCUGACAGUGAGAUGAAAGGGUCAGUGUGCGCUCGUCACUACAAAAGACAACAUCACACACGAUACGAGGGCAGGACAUGACUUGGUAGGGGGGACAUGGCCUGGACAUGGUCGGCGCUACGCAGUAAGUCACC